AGAGUAGGAGUUCCCCAUCGGAAAAAUCCAAAUUAAUGCCAGAGGAUCUCACUAACUGGCGCUUGUUCGGCCCGCUAUGAUUCAUUUGCCUUCAUUGGAAACGACAGGCUCAGGUCUAUCUUGGUUAAUAACCAUCUUUGAUCUUAGCUUUACAGAUCGCCAUUAUUGGGUUUAGCAGUGCAUAGCGAUUAAGAGUGCAGACUGGGGCUUGAGGAGUAAAAGUGGAACAGGCUAUUUUAAUGAAAUCCAUCGAAGUGCGGAACUACUACUACUGCCGACUCCUGCCUUAUAAUAGUAUCAUCAUCGGUUGUUAUUCGAGAUGAUAUCCGCUACGAGCUGAAACGAAACGGUACGAAGAUCGGACACCUGGAAUAUAACCAAAGCAGUAUCAACCAGCCAGCCCAGCUCCAUCGAACAUUCCGUUUACUGGAAAUACAUCAGUCCUUUGAUGGGAUCUUAUUUUGCCUUAAUUAGAGAAGAGAAGCCAUUCCCGUGGGGUUUAUUUCAUGGGGAUGUGUUCAAGACAAGAGAGAAUACAAAAAGACGUCAACAUCGUAAUUCAAAGGUGCAAGGCAGAGAAAGACUGCCUUUUCUCUGAUUUCAGAUACUCUGACGCCACCUUCACCUUCACCUAUUCCAAAGGCUCCAGAAGGGUGUCGUACUCUGUGCACGUCUCUGAUGACUACCCAGACAAUACAUACGUGUCAAACUCUGAGAACGAGGAUGAAGUUCUCGUCACCAGAGACCAGAUCCCCGUCAUCUUCCACAGGAUAGCAACAGAGAUUAGGGUCAAUAAUGACGCCAACUGCUGCCUGUCCAUCAAGUCCAAACAUCAGAUAGACAAGAAUCAGUGCCACUAUGCCAUAGAGGAGGACUCUGAGGGGGAUGCUGACUCUGAUGAGUUUUACUAUGGAGGUCAGGUGAACUCUGAUGGCGAGCUCCACAAGCACCCCCAGUUGGAGGUGGACCUGGCUGCGGUCCGGGAGAUGUACGGACACCACGCAGUAUCUCUCAGGGAAUACGGUGCCAUCGACGAUGUGGACAUUGAUCUCCACAUCGACGUCAGUUUCCUAGAUGAGGAAAUAGCCCUAGCGUGGGACGUGAUCCGCAGGGAGCCGGUGAUCGUGCGUCUACACUGCUCUCUGACACAGUACCUGAAUGGACCGGUCCCCACGGUGGACGUAUUCCAGGUGUCGACUAAAGACCGGUUUGGACUGGGACAUCAGAUGAAGAAGAUAAUGCAGACGUUUGUCACCCAGCAGUGGAAACUCCAAAGUAAAGAGAAACUCAACUGCUCUCGCAACAAAAACAAGGGUGACAAGAAAGGCAAAUCUCCCCUCCACAUCUUCUCGACCCUCCGCAGGCACUUACUGUAUCUGAAAGGAUCAGAUAGAUCUCCCAGCUACCCGCCUCCCGGCUGUGUCAAGAGCAAAAAGAAGCUGAAGCCAGAACAAGAUGGCGUCUCUAAAUCCCACCGCCUUCUCCGCCGGACUUACACCAGCACCGCCAAACAGCAGGUUGAGGUGGACGGCUGCGGCCCCGGGACCAAGACUACCCACCGUCUCCUGGGUCUUUCCCUGUCCAGUGGAGACCCCCGUAUGGACCACGGAGGAGGGCCCGGACCACUGCCCUUCAAACCCCACCGCCUGGGCAGGCCCUGCAUGGCUGUGGUCAAACCAGAGGACCUCCGACCCGCUCCCCAUAAGCUCCUGCCUCGCUCGUGCUCUGGUGACCCCCGCUGUGAGCAUGCGGGAGUGGGAGGAGGUGGGGGAGGGGGUGUAGGUAGUCUUGGGGGAGGUGUUGGUGGUGGAGGAGGUAGUCUUGGGGGAGGUAGUCUUGGGGGAGGUAGUCUUGGGGGAGGUAGUCUUGGGGGAGGUGUUGGUGGGCUGGGCCCGAGUGGUGGUGGAGGCGGUAGUCUUGGUGGAUGUAGUCUUGGUGGAGGUAGUCUUGGGGGAGGUUUAAAGCACCACAGACUGCUCAGUAGGUCGUGCUCUGGUUCUAUCAGGACGGAGGAGCUGGAUGGACUGAAACACCACCACCUCCUCAGCAGGUCCUACUCCAGCAGUACCAAGAUGGGCAAAGCAGCGGACAUCUUCAAGGACUCUGUGUCUCUGUCCGAGGGGAGGCGGCUCUCUCUUACUUCAGGGCUCAUCGGGAUCCUCGCCCCCUCGCUCGCCACGCCCCUGCCGCCAAACAAUGGAGCCAAGUCCAUACCAAUAAAAGACAGAGGUUUCCUCGUCCAGACCAUGGAAUAUGCUGAUCAGAGGAUUCCGGUCCUGAAUGAGUUCUGUGUGGUGUGUGACGAACCACACGUGUUCCAGAACGGACCCAUGCUCAGACCCACCGUGUGUGAGCGGGAACUGUGUGUGUUUGCCUUUCAAACACUGGGGGUGAUGAAUGAGGCAGCCGACGAGAUCGCCACAGGGGCUCAGGUGGUGGACCUGUUGGUGUCCAUGUGUAGGUCUGCUCUAGAGUCUCCCAGGAAAGUGGUCAUCUUUGAGCCAUAUCCCUCCGUGGUGGAUCCGUGUGACUCCCAGGCACUGGCCUUCAACCCCCGGAAAAAGGACUAUGACCGAGUGAUGAGAGCCCUUGACAGUCUCACCUCUAUCAGAGAAAUGUCCCAGGCACCUUACCUGGAGAUUAAGAGGCAGAUGGACAAGCAUGAUCCUUUAGCUCACCCCUUACUGACAUGGGUAAUAUGCAGUAACAGGUCACACAUCGUCAAACUACCAGUAACCAGACAGCUGAAGUUCAUGCACACCCCGCACCAGUUCCUUCUACUCAGCAGUCCUCCUGCCAAGGAGUCCAACUUCAGAGCUGCCAAAAACCUCUUCGGGAGCACCUUCGCCUUCCAUGGUUCUCACAUAGAAAAUUGGCACUCCAUUUUGAGAAACGGUUUGGUGGUUGCAUCCAACACAAGACUUCAGCUCCAUGGCGCCAUCUACGGGAGUGGGAUCUAUAUCAGCCCAAUGUCAAGCAUAUCAUUUGGUUACUCAGGGAUGAACAAAAAACAGCUGAAAGUUACUUCGAAGGACGAUACUGCUACAAACAAGACCAACUUACAGUCAACAAAGAAAGGACAGCAGCCCCAGUUUCUGCAGAGUCGGAACCUGAAGUGCAUAGCCUUAUGUGAAGUAAUCACAUCCCCUGACCUGCACAAACAUGGGGACAUCUGGGUCGUUCCCAACACUGAUCAUGUCUGUACACGCUUCUUCUUCCUUUAUGAAGAUGGUCAGGUGGGGGAUACGAGCAUCAACACACAAGACGCUGGCAUCCAUCGAGAGAUCCUACGAGUCAUCGGCAACCAGACUGCCACGGGAUGAACAACACAGCAAUACUGCUGCCUCUCCUCCUCCACCUCUCAGCUCAAAGCUGGAUUUUUUUUUGAGCUGCGGAGGCCCGUCGUGCAAAGUGUUUCCUUCCGAUCAACGCAGAGAACACACAAACAACUUAAAAGUUUGGAACACAACAAAACUUGAGGGACGAACACAUUUUUGCUAAGUUUCUAAAUACUAUGAAGAAUCCUGCUUUUCCUGAAGACACAGUGCGUCUCUGUUUGACUGAUUGGUACGAUUUCAUUUUUUGUAGAGAAUGUUUAAAACGGUAAAACUCUUUGGUGAAUAUUUGGAGACUUUUUGCUAGUAAAUGUGGGCUUUUUCGGGAAAAAUAACUAGGAAAAAGGUCCCAUCCAUCUGACCUGGUUUACUAUAGAGUUGUACCUUUUUAAAGUACACUGUAUACUGAAGGUGUUGAUAUGCACUGUUUCUUAAUGUCAUAUAUUUGUUCCAACAACUGGUUCAUAACCUAAAAAACGACAUUAUUUUCCACUUGACUAUUUUGUGUGUGUGUGUACAUACACACAGUACCAGUCAAAUGUUUGGACACACCUACUCAUUCCAGGUUUUUUUUUAUUUUUUACUAUUUUCUAUAUUGUAGAAUAAGUGAAGACAUCAAAACUAUGAAAUAACACAUAUGGAAUCAUGUAGAAACCAAAAGUGUUAAAUACAUCAAAAUAUUUUAUGAGAUUCUUCAAAGUAGCCAUCCUUUGCCUUGAUGACAUCGUUGCAUUCUCUUGGCAUUCUCUCAACCAGGUUCGCCUGGAAAAAAAUCAAAUUUGGACUCCAGACCAAAGGACAGUCUAAUGUCCAUUGCGUGUGUUUCUUGGCCCAAUCAAGUCUCUUCUUCUUAUCGGUGUCCUUUAGUAGUGGUUUCUUUGCAACAAUUGGACCAUAAAGGCCUGAGUCACGCAGUCUCCUCUGAACAGUUGAUGUUGAUCUGUCUUGUUACUUGAACUCUGAAGCAUUUAUUUGGCUUGCAAUUUCUGAGGCUGGUAACUCUAAUGAACUUAUCCUCUGCAGCAGAGGUAACUCUGGGUCUUCCGUUCCUGUGGCGGUCCUCAUGAGUGCCAGUUUCAUCAUAGCGCUUGAUGGUUUUUGCGACUGCAUUUGAAGAAACUUUAAAAUUUCUUGACAUUUUCAGUAUUCACAGACCUUCAUGUCUUAAACUAAUGAUGGACUGCCGUUUCUCUUUGCUUAUUAGAGAUGUUCUUGCCAAAUAGGUAUUUUACCAAAUAGGUCUUUCUUCUGUAUAUCACCCCUACCUUGUCACAACAGAACUGAUUGGUUCAAAUGCAUUAAGGAAAUAAAUUCCACAUUCACUUUUAACAAGGCAUACCUGUUAAUUGAAAUUCAUUCCAGGUGAAGCUGGUUGAGAGAAUGCCUCAUGAAGCUGGUUGAGAGAAUGCCAAGAGUGUGCAAAGCUGUCAUGGCAAAGGAUUUAUUUAACACUGUUUUGGUUACUACAUGAUUCCAUAGUUUUGAUGUCUUCACUAUUAUUCAACAAUGUAGAAUAAAGAAAAACCCUUGAAUGAGUAGGUGUGUCCAAACGUUUGACUGGUACUGUGUAUAUAUAACAUGGAAUUGUUACCAAUAUAACGUGUGUGUGUGUGUGUAUACGUUAUAUUGGUAACCAUUCCAUGUAGACUGAGGCACACAGGAAAAUAAUGAGUAGAAUCGACAUUAAGGCCAGGAUUCAAUACAUUGAGUAGAAUCGACAUUAAGGCCAGGAUUCAAUACAUUGAGUAGAAUCGACAUUAAGGCCAGGAUUCAAUACAUUGAGUAGAAUCGACAUUAAGGCCAGGAUUCAAUACAUUGAGUAGAAUCGACAUUAAGGCCAGGAUUCAAUACAUUGAGUAGAAUCGACAUUAAGGCCAGGAUUCAAUUAGGACUGCGCACGGUCCGCAUUUUAGUGCAGUUGACAUUUUAAAGGUAAUUUCCCAUUCGAGGCCGACAUCUGCAGCGUUUACUUAGGCCAUCUCCUCAAUCGUGGUAACAUUGCCUUUUAAAUGGUGCAUAGCCCAAAAUGGGCAGUCCGAUUGAAUCCGACCCUGGUGUAAGACCCUUGACUGACAUGUCGUCAAAAAAAUGAGCAGAAAUGUAUGCUGUGUUAAUUUAGGAAGUAGAUCAAUUUCCUUCACAUACCAUACCAAGAAAUGUAUAUAUUGGUUUCUUCUCCUUUUAUAAGGGGGUCUACUGGUUUACAAUGGCGAAGACUGAUUCCAGUCAAGAAUUUAUACAUUUGUCAAUUCACAAAGUUUCACGCACAUACCACUCACAACCAGUUCAACACCUAUUUUCAAAUAUAAAAUAAAACAUUUCAGAUUUAUAUUUGUACUUUUGAUUUAAAACUAUGGGUGGAUUGUAUAAUCGACACCCCAAUUUAAAAGAACAUUUUAAAUAGUUUCCUUUUGUUCUGGGGCUUCUAUACAUAUUAAGCAUUGGUGUUUGCUGCUGUUGUUUAUGUGUAUAUAUUGCUGUGAUUUUAAUGACCAAUCAGAGCUCAGAUUGAUGUAUUCUAACCCUUCUGUUCAUUGUAAAUGAUAUAUUUCUAAGAAUGGAUGUUAGUUUAAAGUAGACAUUGGUCAUAGAGGACACCAACCACUCUGUACAUGAUACAAGUCUUAAGUUUCCUAGCAAAAAAAAACAGUACUGUAGAAAACAGGUCAUAUAUAUAUUUUUUUUUAAUAAAACAAAAAUGAAUGACUAAUGAUUUUACCAUUUUAAAUAUAUGUCAGGUUAUUGUAACAAAUAUAAACACAGACGGGGAAUUAAAUUAGCAUCGCGUUGUUCAUUUUUUAUAUUCCAUAAUUCAGUGGCCAAAUCACAUUAAUAUUGUUUUAAUAAUAUCGGUCGUUGGAAUAGUAACACGAACCUGAUCAGAUGGUCGUUGGUUUCGUGACUUUGGUUUAUUAAGAUCCCAAAGACGUUUUGUUACUAAUAUUUCGUUUAUAAUCUGUAUUACUGACAUUUUUUUUAGCAGUGCCACAGUGUCAUGUAUCUAAUGAAGAAGGGUAUAGUGUUGCAACUGGAAACACAUAAAUCAAGUGCACCAAGAGAUGACGUCAUGAAUAUCAAUAAAAUUUAAAUUUAAUUUAAAAAAGGAACUUAGGAGAUACAAACUUAAGUCAAAUAUUUCACAAGAAAUGUUAAUUAGUAGGUGAGCAAUAUGAUGGUCAGCGGUAUACUUUGAUCUCUUAUCUGGGUGUCUUAGUAUUUUAUUUUUUUAAGUACUAUAUUAUUAUGCUACUUAUCAUUUGGUGCCUUAUAGACAUGAAUUAAUGGUAAUAUAACAAUACAUACUGAGUAUUUUGUCACAACAAACAAGGCCAAAUAUUUUCUGUAUUGAGUUUACAGCUUUUUCUUUAUUCUUCAAAUGAAUUCAGCUUUUUUUUGGGGGGGGGCUUUUUACAAGUUAUGAAAAUAGUAGCUUAUGUACUUGUUUAUGUUCAAUAAAUUAAUAGAAGAAACCACAA